CAGAUACAGAUAACCAGACUGGGGUAUGGUAUAUAUUUUUUUGUGUUCUGGAUGUCCUGAAAUUCUGAUAAUUGUAACAGCAGGACGCUGGUUUGAAUCGCAGACUGUUGCGAACAACAGAAGCCAGUUACUGCGCAGGCAACAAUAGAAAAUACGCACGAGAUUUCUUUCUUGCCGUGGUCGAAGAUGUCAGAAAAAAGUGACCUGAAAGCUGAGCUUGAGCGCAAAAAACAGCGCCUUGCUCAGAUCCGCGAGGAGAAGAAAAGGAAGGAGGAGGAGAGGAAGAAGAAGGAGUCAGAGUCUCAGCAGAAGGCAGAGAGCGUGUCUGAGGACUCGGAUUUGGACCGCAAGCGGAGAGAGACAGAAGCCCUGCUGCAGAGCAUUGGGAUCUCACCAGAGCCUCCAUUAGUGCAGCCACUGCAGCUUUUAACAUGGGAUACCUGUUAUUUUCAUUAUUUAGUCCCAACCCCUAUGUCUCCCUCUUCGCAAUCAGUGAGCACACCCAGCGAGGCCGGCAGCCAGGAGUCGGUGAAUGGAGGGACUAUGGGAAGGACCCUACAAUGGGAUACCGACCCCUCUGUUCUUCAGUUACUAGACGACUCUGACGCUGGUCGCAAGGUCCACAGACUCGGUGCCUCCAAAAUCACUCAGGUGGACAUACUGCCCAAGGAGCUUGUGACGUAUUGUAAGGAGACCCAGACACCUCUGGCAGCUCAUCAAUCAGAAGAGGAGGAGGAGGAUGAAGAGAUUCCAGUGCCUAAGCCCAAGACUGAGACUGACCUGCUGGAUAAUGAGGACAAUCAGGAGCCCACAGAGGUUCACCCAAGAGAGCUGACCGAGGAGGAGAGGCAGCAGAUCACUCACUCGGAGGACUUUCUCAUGUUUUUCGACCGGACCAUUCGGGUGAUGGAACGUGCCUUAGCCGAGGAUUCAGACAUUUUCUUUGACUACAGCGGCCGUGAUAUGGAAGACAGAGAUGGGGAUACGCAGGCCGGAUCCAAUUUGUCUUUCAAUCGAUUGUUCUAUGACGACCACUGGUCCAAACAUCGAGUCGUGACAUGCUUGGAUUGGUCCCCUCAGUUCUCUGAGCUGAUGGUGACAUCUUACAAUAGCAACGAAGAUGCUCCACACGAACCAGAUGGGGUUGUGCUAGUGUGGAACAUGAAGUUUAAGAAGACAACACCUGAAUAUAUAUUCCACUGUCAAUCCUCGGUGAUGUCUGUGGGAUUUGCUCAGUUUCACCCCAACCUAGUGGUAGGAGGAACGUACUCGGGGCAGAUUGUACUGUGGGAUAACCGCAGCCACCGCCGGACCCCUGUGCAGAGGACCCCCCUGUCAUCGGCUGCGCACACGCACCCUGUGUACUGUGUGAAUGUGGUUGGUACUCAGAAUGCCAACAACUUGAUAACAGUAUCCACAGAUGGAAAGAUGUGUUCCUGGAGUUUGGACAUGCUGUCACAACCAAUGGAGAGUAUGGAGCUGGUGUAUAAUAAGUCCAAACCUGUGGCUGUCACUGGAAUGGCAUUCCCUGCUGGUGACGUGAACAAUUUUGUUGUGGGCAGCGAGGAAGGAACAGUGUACACGGCGUCCCGCCAUGGAAGUAAGGCUGGCAUCGGGGAAAUGUUUGAGGGACACCAAGGCCCAGUAACUGGCAUCAGUUGCCAUAAUGCUGUGGGCCCGAUCGAUUUCUCCCAUCUUUUCACCACCUCCUCAUUUGACUGGACCGUGAAACUGUGGAGUACUAAGCACAACAAGCCACUCUACUCCUUCGAGGACAACGCAGACUAUGUCUAUGAUGUGAUGUGGUCGCCCGUCCAUCCGGCGUUGUUUGCGUCUGUGGAUGGAAUGAGUCGAUUGGACCUGUGGAACCUGAAUAAUGACACAGAGGUGCCCACAGCCAGUGUCAACGUGGAAGGUGCCUGUGCCCUGAACCGAGUGAGAUGGGCAUCAGGGGGCAGGGAGGUGGCAGUGGGAGACUCAGAGGGUCGUGUCUGGAUCUAUGAUGUCGGAGAGCAACUGGCGGUUCCACACUCGGAGGAUUGGAGCCGCUUUGCUCGCACGCUGGUGGAGAUCCGUGCCAACCAAGGAGACGGUGAGGAGGAGGGUGCCAUGGAGAUGGCAGCUUAAGAACAGUUCAUCCACAUGCCGAUUUCAAAUCAGACAUUGCAAAUGCCAGAUUUAUCGGCUGACUCAGACGCACACCCAAGCUUGGCUGUGAUCACACCUCAUUUUUCAGCUCAUUCAGUGGGUCUAUUUAUACCAUAAGUGUCAAUGGCAAUAAUUCCUCUUUCUAGCAGCUCUGGAUAAUUCUUAGAAGUGUGUGAGUAAAAUAUUAAAGUGUAAGGCUUGCAGUGAUAAAGAAAUUGGAGUGAGCCUUGUUUGUUUGCCAAAAUCAAAAUGUUUGGCUCAGAAAUAUCUUGUAGCCUAUGCCUUUUAUGACUGUGCUAUUUAUGUGUAGAAUGCAACAGGCAGAAAACUAAUGCUGGCCAAUGCUGACCAAUAAAUGUGUGGGCUUAUUCGAUCAUGCUGAAAUCCCUGUUGUUACAAAAAAUAUUGUAUUUAUCUUGUUAACCAAAUAAAAUACCAAGCUUCUUUGA